AUGGAGACCGUGUUGAAGUCUCACUGUGAUGAACAGCACCCUCAUCAGGCUGAAGACUUCCAUGGGAAGCAUGAGCAGAACAGCAAGCUUUCAGGUUUAAUAAAGAAAGAUAUUGAAAAACUUUAUGAAGCAGUGCCACAGCUUGUAAAUGUGUUCAAAAUUAAGGAAAAAAUUGGAGAAGGUACUUUUAGUUCUGUUUACCUGGCCACAGCACAACUACAAACAGGACAUGAGGAAAAAAUGGCUCUGAAACACUUGAUUCCAACCAGCCACCCUCUGCGAAUUGCUGCUGAACUUCAGUGCCUCACAGUAGCAGGGGGACAAGAUAAUGUUAUGGGAGUUAAAUACUGCUUUAGGAAAAAUGAUCAUGUGGUUAUUGUUAUGCCAUAUCUGGAACACGAAUCCUUCUUGGACAUUUUGAAUUCUCUUUCCUUCGAAGAAGUGAGGGAAUACAUGUUUAAUCUGUUUAAAGCAUUGAGGCGCAUUCAUCACUUCGGUAUUGUUCACCGUGACGUCAAGCCCAGUAACUUCCUCUACAACAGGCGGCUAAAAGAGUAUGCCUUAGUAGAUUUUGGCUUGGCGCAAGGAACCCCUGAUACGAAAAUUGAACUUCUCAAAACUGCUCACUCUGAAGACCAGCAGGGAAGUUGCUCGCAAAAUAAUCCCCCCGUAGCCUUGGGAAGCGGGGUUUCUGUCAGUGUCGCAGCACCUAAACAGAUAGCUCAACAGUCAGCCUCAAAAGCAGCUGAUAAAAGGUCCAGCUCCCUUUCAAAAAUACAGAUUAAACAAGGAAGAGGAGGAAAGGAGGAUUCUGUGCACCAUUCUGUCCAGCGCUCUGUCUUUGGAGAGAGGAAUUUCAAUGUCUAUAGUUCCACAUACCAGGAGAACUCAAGUACAAAACUCAUAAAACAAUCAAAGAUGAUAGAUGUUUCAUCGAGGAAGUUAGUAACCAAGAAGAAGAUUAUUUCUACCAAAACAGUGAGCAAUGGGGCAGCCAGGAAAGCUGCCGGUGGCUGUCCCUCAAACCUGACCUGUGACUGUUAUGCAACAGAUAGAGUUUGCAGUGUUUGCCUUUCAAGGUGUCAGCAAGUUGCUCCCAGGGCAGGAACACCUGGAUUCAGAGCACCAGAAGUAUUAACAAAGUGCCCCACUCAGACCACAGCAAUUGACAUGUGGUCUGCAGGAAUCAUAUUCCUUUCUCUGCUCAGUGGACGGUAUCCAUUUUACAAAGCAAGUGAUGAUUUAACUGCUUUGGCACAAAUCAUGACAGUUCGUGGAUCCAGAGAAACCAUUCAGGCUGCUAAAACUUUUGGUAAAUCAGUUCUGUGUACCCAAGUAGUCCCAGCACAAAACUUAAGAACCCUCUGUGAGAAGCUGAGAGGAACAAAUAGCAGCUGUAAGAGAUCCCAGGGUGAAGUGCCCAGCAAGCCUGUGAGUGACUCAGCUUUGCCAGUUGCAGUAGACAAACCGUGUGCUCCCGAGACACUCGGAAAACAAGUUCAGCACUUAAAGAGCUUUCAGGAAGGUGAUGGUUUGGAAAUGAAGGCAACAGAUGUGAAAGGAUGGGAUUGGGUUCCUGAUGAAGCAUAUGACCUACUUGAUAAGCUACUAGACUUAAACCCUGCAACGAGAAUAACUGCAAAAGAGGCUCUGCUGCAUCCUUUUUUUAAAGACAUGAGACUCUGA